AUGGAUUCCAAUAAAUACUUAGAGCAUCUUCUAACUCAACUUGAAAAGCAGCAUAGGAGCCUCUGGAGGGAGAAGUUGGCUGUGGCCCGACUGCAGCGAGAAGUUGCCCAAAGGAGAAGUGAGGAAGCCAUGCAUGAGAAGCUGAUACAUGAAUUGGAAGAAGAAAGACACUUACGUCUUCAAAGUGAACAGCGGUUGCAGGAGGUGACCCUGGAGUCUGAGCGCAACAGAAUUCAGAUGCGUGGUUUGCAGCAGCAGUUUUCCAGGAUGGAAGAAACAGUGCGAAAUCUCUUGCAGAGUCAAGGACCUCCAGAGCAGAAAAAAGAAGAAACUGUUAAUAUAAUGGUCUAUCAGGAGAAACUGUCAGAGGAAGAGAGAAAACACAAAGAAGACUUGGAAGAGCACAUGGUGGUAGAUGAAGAUUUGAGGAGCGAAAGUAGCAGUACCGAUGAGGGAAAAGACAAGACCAAAUUGCUGUUAGAACGACUGAAAGCUCUGGAGGCAGAGAAUUCAGCAUUGGCUUUGGAAAAUGAAAAUCAAAGGGAACAGUAUGAGAGAUGUCUUGAUGAGGUAGCCAACCAAGUUGUUCAAGCUCUGCUCACUCAAAAGGAUCUGAGGGAGGAAUGUGUAAAGUUGAAAACAAGAGUGUUUGAUUUGGAACAACAGAAUCGAACAUUAAGCAUCCUGUUCCAGCAGCGAGUCAGACCAGCUUCUGAUCUGAUCCUUCAGAAACUUCACUCACGCAUCCUAGAUCUUUCAUCUGGAGAUUUGCUUUCAGAGCUGGAAAGAAGCCGAAGUUUGACGCAGUCACGAACUGAUGUUGAGAUUCAUGAGCACCAGCUGAAUGCAAAAUCAGGAACCCUCACCUUGAAGUGCCCUGGCUUGGGGGUCACCGUCCCUAGUCACCUCUGUCCUCGAAACAGCUGCAGCAGCAGUGACCUGUCUCUGUCAAGCACCUGCAGUGAGUACUCCAGUGGCUCCUCCUACACAUGGCAUGAUGGGAAGACCCCCAGGAAAAGGCAGUCAUCACAAAACUGGGAUAAAAGGCUAAGUAUUGGUUCGUCGCUCCCAAGUGGCUUUGCUAGUACAACAGAUGAACUACCUCCAACUCGUCUCAAGGAAAGCCACAUUUUGGAAGGACUAAGGAAGCUACAGAAGCAGAAAGUGUUAUUUGAAUCCCCUUCAGUGAUAUCCAAAUGGGGUUAUAAAGAUUGCAUGAACUCAAAUGAAGGAAUAUAUUCUCCAGGAAUUAAGUGUAGCAGCCUUAAUGAGUACCCCCUCUGCAAGCCAACUGAUAGGAGGGGUCCCUGGAAGGAGCGUCACAAGGCAUUUGUUUAUGAUACAGAUUCCCAUGAUGAUGCCGAUGAAGACUCUUCCUCCUUGGCAUUGCUCCGAGCACUUCCAAACCAGAGCUGCAGGUUGCAUGGUAGUAAAUUAACCCAGAGUGUUUCUGAUAGUCUAUUAGCCUGGGAGUUGAAUGGAAAACACUUUUUUGAAGGCAGUGCUGCAGUUUAUCCCAGGGAAAGUCCUGAGAAGCUGAGCAGUUGUGUCAACAACUAUCCCUUGGAGGGGAAGCUGUGCCGAAGGGUUCAGGUGCCUCCAUUACAGAGGGUGAGAGAUCAGCACAGCCAGGGCUGCCUAGCUCUCAGCCUCCCACUCUCAGACACUGAUGACAAUGAGACUUUUGAUGAGUUGCACAUCGAGAGCAGUGAUGAGAAAAGCACUUCAGAUUUGUCUCUGACUGCUGAUACUGAUAAGUCCAUGGAGAACCUGGACAUCUUCCUUGGACUCAGAAAGUCUCAACUUGGGUCUCCGGAUGAGAAGGAAAAGCAAGUACCCAUCCACUUAGAGAAUAGGCCAAAGACAUUUAGUUUCAUCAAGCAGCAAAGAGUGGUAAAAAGAACUUCCUCAGAAGAAUGUAUGACUGUAAUAUUUGAUGCAGAAGAUGGCGAGCCCAUUGAAUUCAGCUCUCAUCAAGCUGGAGUUGUCACUGUGACUGCAAAUGAAAUUUCCAUCAGCCAGGCCUCUUCUGGACCCACAGCUGAACACACUGAACUUUUACCUCAGGGAAUUGCUCACUUGCAGCCAGGAGCUGAUGCGAGAGACUAUAGUUUCUUAAACAGAUCUGAAGAGGAAACUGAGAAAAAUAUUCCAGAAGAUAAUAUAGAUAAUAUUCCCUUGGCACCCACAGAAUCUUUCAGCACCAGGACAGUAACACCAAAUAAUUCUCAACAACAAAAGCUGACCAAACCAACACACAAUAUGUCAUGCCACAGUAAUUCUAAGUCUUCAGUAUCCAUAAGUUUCUAUCAAAAGCAAAAUCUGACAAAAAUACCUGCCAGAGGGAAGUCUUCAUCUCAGAAAUCAAAAAUAAUGGAGCCUGGGGCCUCCACAGUAGUCUCCUCAGCUGACCCAGUGGCUCUUGAAAAAUCAUCAGCCUUCACUCCAGGGAAACUCUCACAGUUCAGGAAGACUGAGAGCCCAACACACGGCUUUGAUUUAUGGUCAGAUUCACACAUUCCGAAACACCUCACCCAACGUCCUCACAGCUCAAAAAUGCCCAGCAGAAGGGAUUGGGCCCAGUGUUCCAAAAGUCAGAUUCCAGGGUCCAGGUUGUUGUCAAGGCCCCUCAUUGAGUCUAGUGUCAAUGGAGAAUCCCCCACAAAGGGUGAACACUGUGACUCAGAGCCAGAAGCAGGGGUGAAGUCACCUCCACCCCCUCCAGGCAGGUCAUUGUCACUACUGAUCAGGCCCAGUUAUGACUAUUCAUCACAACUUUCCUCUGCCAAGCCUGAAAUCAGGGUCCCCAGUGAAACAUCAAAGACAAUAUUCAAAUCGCCCCCUCUGAAAGGAUCUUCCAUUCCUGUUAGUUCUUCUAAUCAGGUCGUCACAGAAGUUCAGGGGAAGAAAACUUCUGUGGCCUUCCAAAAGCCUGUCUUUACAAACCCUCCUCCUUCAUCAGACACAGUGAUUCAAACUAGAUGUCCUGGUCAUCGCCUAUCCAGCUCAUUUGCAGUGAUGGCUCCAGGACCUUUAAAAGUCUCUCUAAAGAAAGGUAACCCCAAAACUUCUCCUCACCAUACACUUGGGACCACACAAACGGACACUAGGUUAUGGACUCCUAAGAAUUGUCCUUCAACCCAUGAGCCACUGGAAACCUUGUCCUCCAAAAGUGAAUCCCCAGCAAGAAAAGGACAAUUGAAUGAUAGUGUCCCCACAUCACCCAAGUCUCCCUUUUCAGGGGUAAAUGAGUCACCACCCUCUCAGGUUAACAGUCCUUCAUCAUCGUCAUCCUACAAAAGCCAUAGUGCCAUACAUGGUUGUUCUAAUGCUCAUGAAAAAGGACUGAAAACUCGUCUCCCAGUGGGACUCAAAGUUCUCCUAAAGUCUCCCCAGUUGCUCAGGAAAAGUUCAACAGUGCCAGGGAAACAUGAAAAAGACACUCUAAAUGAAGCCUCUAAAAGUUCCGUGGCGAGUAAGUCUAGGCAAGAAGACAGGAAUCCAACAAACAAACAACAGACCACAGAGAAUGAAAAAAAUGUGACUUCUCUGGGUUUACAAUCAAAAGACAAUUUAGCUGAAGGGCUUUCUCUGGAAACAGCACUGCCAGAGUCAUUUGAAAACUGCAUCCCUGCAGCUGAUGGAAGAGAUGAGAUGGAAAACAAAUCUGUGAAAAGACCCCUUUCCUCCAGCAAACCACACCUAAAACCAGCUCUAGGCAUGAACGGAGCCAAAGCCCGCAGCCAGAGUUUCAGCACCCACCCAGGAGACAAGCCUUCCACUCCUCCUAUGGAAGGGCCCUGCAAAGUCCGAACUCAGAUCAUCACCAACACUGCUGAGAGAGGCAACUCUCUUAUCCGGCAGAACUCCUUUGUAGAGGGCUUGCCCAGCAAGCCACCUUUUGCUCCAGCCCCUGAGAGUCUUCCGAAGGGGUCUCCCUCCUCCAGGCAAGGCUCUCUGGGGAGCACAGGCAGCUCUAGCAGCCAGCAUGGUAGCCCAAGCAAAUUGCCUCUGAGGAUCCCUCCAGAACCUGAAGGGCUCCUCACCCCAACUGGAACAGAAGACCAACAGGCCUACACCCAGGGAGGAUGCGCCAUUGUGGCUAUGCCUGAUGAAUCAGGCAACAACCAUCACAGGUGCCCGUCCACCCCAACAGACUACCCACGAAUCCUGCAGAGCCCAGGAAAGACGCAGUGUCUGAGUAGUUUUGAAACAAGCAGGACAACACUGCAGCUAGAAACUUCUGGAAGGCAUCCAGAUGUCUCUACAACCAGGCGUGAUGUAGUGAACCCAGAAGCCCCCCUCUCACCCACCAUUGAAGAAAAGGUCAUGUUGUGCAUUCAGGAGAAUGUGGAAAAGGGCCAAGUACAAACAAAGUCCACCUCUGUGGAAGCCAAGCAGAAGCCUGGGCCUUCUUUUGCCAGCUGGUUUGGUUUUCGGAGGAGUAGGCUUCCAGCUCUGAGUAGCAGGAAAAUGGAUAUCUCCAAAACCAAAGUGGAAAAGAAAGAUGCAAAAGGUUUGGUGUUUGGAAACAAACAGCUAAAAUCAGAGAAAAAGAAAGAGAAAAAGAAGCCCGAACUACUACAGUGUGAGAUGGAAAAUGAGCUCAACAGAGAAACUGAGUCAGUGGAUAGUCCAGAUGGUAGUUUACAAAGCAAACAAAAUCUGAAAACAACCCAAGACAUUUACAACCAAAUGAAAUUUGAACCGAGAAAUAGACCCAGCCCUGUUUCGUGUUCAACAAAAGAUACUUUUAUGACAGAACUUCUGAACAGAGUUGAUAAGAAAGCAGCUCAACAGACAGAAAGUGGAUCAAAUAAUGUUUCCUACAGGAGUGUGUUAAAGGGCAGUUCCCAGGGCUCCUGUGUUACUGGCAGCUCUGUCAGCACUCAACAAAAUCACAAGAAAAACAUCAAAACCAAAGGUGAUAUGGAAAUACCAAAAGACUCCUUGGUAAAAGAAGCAGAUGAAAACCUGCAAGAGGAUGAAGAAGAUACAAUUGCAGAUUCCACAUUUCAGAGUCACAUCAUAGAAUCAUGCUGCCAGAUGAGAACACUAGACAGUGGGAUUGGAACCUUCCCACUGCCAGACUCGGGAAAUCGCUCAACAGGACGGUACAUAUGCAAAUCAGACUCCCCAGAAGACACAGAGCCCAUCCUGUCUGUCCAGCCAGCCCUUUCUGCAGCUUCUUCCAUCAGAGCCCAAACCCUUGACCAAGAAGUGCCUUCCUCUGCAGACAACCAGGGCUCUGUGGAUAUUACCAUUGUCCAUUCCACAUCUGACCCCAUUACCACCAGAGGGAUGCGACCUCUUCAAAGUCGCCUCCCCAAACCAGCAUCCUCAGGAAAACUCACUUCCCAAAAGCAGAAUGAAGCAGAGCCGAGGCCUCAGACUUGCCUAUCAUUUGAAUAUGCUGAAACCACAAUGGCAAGUGAGCCAGACUGGGCGGCUGCAAACUCUGCUGCUGAGACCCAGGACAAGGUACCCAGAGUGUGUGCGUACUCUGCCAGCCGUGGCAGUGGUAGUGACAGUGACCUGGACUGUGGAAAUAAUGGUUUUGGAGCUGGAAGGGGAAAGUUAGUGAAAACAAUGAAGAGCGCCACCCAAGGUAACGCCCAGCGAGCACACGGGACAUCCAGGCGCAUUUCUUUCUAG